UGACGGCUGGAGAGGCUGCAGGCGAACGAUGAGCGGACACAGAGUGACAAUAUUUACUGAGCGUGGGAUUUAGUACACUGGAGAAUAUUACCAGCUCCAUCAUCAGAGUAUCCCACGGGAAACGUUUGGAAGUUACAGGUGGAACUUGUUGAGCUACAGACCAGAAGAGGAAUAACACAACGGAGGUUGCUUCUAAAGAACUUUUGAAGAUAAUAAAUUCAUAAACAGCUGUGGCAAACAUCUGCAACCAGGAAGAGGAAGCAAAAGAGGAUCGAGUUUUCAUAACUUAACAGGAACUUUUUACUCUACCAUUUUAAUUAUUUUGUCUUUUUCUCAAAAAGUAACAGAAAAAAACUGGAAAGUAUUUGGAUCUUCAAAAAGAACUCACUGGUUGAUCUAUGAUGGUGCUCUCUUGACUGACAUAUUGUACUUUGUUCCAUGCAUCUGCCGUUCAAAUGAAAUUACAAUGGAUGCCCUAUGCAUGGAAAACACAGUGGAUUACAAACCGGUGCGCCCCCUUCAUCCUUCCAGGUCGUCGCUCCUUAUGAGGUCUUCCAACCAUGUGGUCCACUGAGAGCAUGGAGCCGGAGAAAGCACCCAGCACCCAGAGCAGCUUCUUCAUUAAGGUGGACGUGCCCGAUCAUGCUCACUACAUCGUCGCCCUGUUCGUCUUCGUCAUCGGGGUGCUGGGCAUCACUGGCAACGCGCUGGUCAUGUUCGCCUUCUACAGUAACAAGAAGCUUCGUAGUCUGCCAAACUACUUCAUCAUGAACCUGGCGGUCAGUGACUUCCUGAUGGCGUUCACACAAUCUCCCAUCUUCUUCAUCAACUGUCUCUACAAAGAGUGGGCUUUUGGAGAGAUGGGUUGUAAAAUGUAUGCGUUCUGUGGUGCCUUGUUUGGCAUCGCCUCCAUGAUUAACCUGCUGGCCAUCUCCAUCGACCGCUACCUGGUGAUCACUAAGCCUCUGCGGGCCAUCCACUGGAGCUCCAAGCGGAGAACCACGCUGGCCAUAAUCCUGGUCUGGUUGUACUCUUUGGCUUGGAGUCUGGCGCCUUUAGUCGGCUGGAGCUCCUACAUCCCAGAAGGCCUGAUGACAUCAUGUACAUGGGAUUAUGUCACAUACACCUUGGCCAAUAGGAGCUACACCAUGAUGCUGUGCUGCUUUGUUUUCUUCAUCCCACUAGGAGUCAUCUUUUACUGCUAUCUCUUCAUGUUUCUGGCAAUACGAAAGACAAGCAGGGAAGUUGAGCGUCUUGGGACUCAGGUGAGGAAAUCCACUCUGAUCCAGCAGAAGUCCAUCAAGAGCGAGUGGAAGUUGGCAAAGAUUGCCUUUGUCGUCAUUGUGGUUUAUGUUCUCUCCUGGUCACCGUACGCAUGCGUCACGUUGAUUUCCUGGUCUGGGCACGCCAACAUCCUGUCGCCAUACUCCAAGGCUGUUCCUGCAAUUAUAGCAAAAGCCUCCACCAUCUACAACCCGUUCAUCUACGCCAUCAUACACAACAAAUACAGGAUGACUCUGGCAGAGAAGUUUCCCUGCCUGUCAUUCCUGUCGCCGACUCCUCGAAAGGAAUGCAUCUCGUCCUCCAUCAGCGAGUCCUCUUUUAGAGACUCCAUCAUCAGCAGACAGUCCACAGCAUCAAGAACUCACUUUAUAUCCAGUUCAUCAAACUCACCUGCAAUGGUGUUGAGGGAUGUAGAGAUGGAAUCUUUGGGAAGGAAGUCAUGUGAUUCUUUUAGAAGCAUGUCAUCAUACAAUCAGUCUAUCAGAGGCAGGUCCUACAAGAAACAGUCACUAAAGACCCCCAAGACCAAAGCAGUGGAGAAGCACCCAUCCACCAUGUGUGACUCAUCAAGCACCUGUGACCAUGAACUGGUUUCCAGCUCCCUCACCAUCGCCACUGUCCCCCUGCUAGUUCUUGCCAGGAGGCGGAGCCAGAGUCUGACCAACCAGGUUUCAGAUGCAGGAGAGGAGAGAUAUGGCCUCAGUGACAGGCGGAGCUACCACAAGAGCAACUCUUUUGAUUCCUUGAGCAUUGGAAAGACGUCAUCUGCUGGUCCCAGGACGCCUCAGGGUGUCCCACGCAUCAUCGUCAUCAGUCCCACAUCAGAGAGCAGCCUCAUCAAGCAGGACAGUGUCUGCUUAGAGGACAGCGUGGAGGGAAUGGAGAACAAUGUUUUUGUCAGUAUGAACUUCUCGUCAGAAGUCUUUGAGGCGGUUGAGCUGCUCUCUUGAUCAGAUGGAUAAUAGUGAUCCUUGUAAUUUUCCUCUGAAGCCAUGUUAUUUAUUCUAACCUUGGACCACAGAACACAAUACACUUUCUCUGGUAAUCAUUCACAGAAAGUAAUAAUUCACUGUCUGUUUCUGACUCAUCCUGAGAUAUGCCACUCUGAUGCCAAGAUAACCGGAGUGCAAGGGAAAAGCUUGAAGGGCAAAAUGAAACAAUAUGUAACAGGUAUUCAGCACUCAGUGCUUGUCGGACUUUGGCAGGGACGAGGAUCCCCGUAGGGGCAGCAUGGGCAGAAUAUAUCUCUUAGAUCCCUCAGAAAUGACAAGUGUAACAACAUUUCUUUAUGAGCUAUUGGCUCAAACUUGACUGAUGGGACUUUUGGUUUACGUAUUCUAAGAAAUCUGAUGUAAAGUUCAAAAGUUUGGUUUUCAGGUCAUUGUCUGGUUUCUCUAGUGAAGUCUGAAAAAAUGAUCUAUGGGAUUCUCAGUUUCUUUAAGGGAUAUAAAAACCCCAAGGAUG